UUUCACAGUCUUGACCUUAGGAAAGGGAUCUUUUUGAAGUAACAGAGUAUUUUAAGUGAAUUUGAAGAGAGGGAAACUGCAAGUAAGCCAAAAGUUUAAAGCCUAUUAUUAUUUAACAUUUUCUUGCUCUUCACACUUUUCACAGUGCAUCUGCAAACUCACCAGAGUGUGGUGGGGUGGACUUGAAAAAUAUUUUCCCAAGUCCCCUGAUUUUAGUUUGUGCAGUAGUGGAGAUUUCUCUGCUGGGUAACUUGGUUUCUUUCUUAUCUAGUACUACUGAUAGUGCUGCUUCAAACCAUCAGACCACUCCUGCUCCGCUGCUGACAAGUUUGGAAAAGGUUGAGGGGGAACUGGGUAAAAUAAGAUUACACUCACCAGCUGACAGCUUUUGAUAAGACAGCCUGCAUACUUCUUCCUCUUUGUUUUGUUUGCCCCCACAAGGUUUUCUGCUUUACUAUGCACUUAAACUGCAUCAUCUUAUAGAACCAAGUAAGUGACUUAUUUUUGCAGAUUUAGAUGAGAGGGGAGCUUGGUCAUUUUAUUGCCGUGAAAGUGGAAAAAGCACUUGAGUGUGCUGUGAAGAGGAGAGCUUUUGGACAACGGGCAGCAAGCAGCAUACUGUGGAAGCCAGUGCUACAAUGGGCUGUCCUGGCAAGGUACUGCCUGCUGGGCUGGGUCACAACAGGGACUCAAAACUGAGAAGUUCCCUGCGAUUUCAGCAAGGAAACAGUGAAGCAAAUUAAGAUGGUUCCUGGUUGGAGCAAAUACCCCUGGUCAAGCAACCUCCUGCACCUGUCUGAAUCUCCCCCCAUGCUGCCCCUCUCUAUAUUUACCCAGUGGGAACUUUCCAAGAAUGGAAGUGGGAAGAUAAAUGCUUGUGGGGGCUAAAUUUAGCCCAGGCUCCCUGGCCCUGCUCCCUGUGGUGGCAUUUCAGCUGUGAGCUUGACAGCCUGCGCCCUUCCAGUUGCGCAGAGUGGAUGUCCAUCCCUGACAGAGCAAGGGCUCUCUUUCUCUUCCCCUUUUUUAAUUAAAACCAAGGAAGAAUUCUCCAUGGGAGAGCGUCUGCUUUGCCUGUCUUGGCUGUGAGCAUCACUUGCCUCGCAGAGACAUCAGGUUUUACUGCUUACAAUGAAAGUGGUGCUCAGAAGACAGGCAAAAAAAAUGAGCUUAAUGGACAUCACUAAGAUUUUCUCCAUGCUCCAGCCCAGAGAAGAUGAAGAUGAUGGUGAAAGUGAGGAGCUGAACCAAGUGGUAUCUGAGGACGAUUACCAAACUCUUGACAAGCUCUUGCACCAAGACCGGUACAAGAGAGUGAUCAACAACAGGAGUGGCUGGGGUGUUCCCAGCACCCCGCUGCGCCUGGCCGCCUCCAAGGGCCACCUCAGGAGCCUGGAGGUCCUCCUGUCUCAUGGGGCAGAGGUGGACAGUCUGGACGUGAAGGCACAAACCCCACUUUUCACAGCAGUCAGCAAUGGCCACUUGGAGUGUGUGAAAGCGCUGCUGGAGGCAGGAGCCGGUCCCUCUGGCAGCAUCUACAACAAUUGCUCACCGCUGCUGACCGCAGCUAGGGAUGGGAACGUUGAGAUUCUGCAGCAGCUCCUGGAGCAUGGUGCAGAGACCAAUGUCCACGCCAGGGUGCCUGAGUGGGCUGCCAACUCCACUGCUUGUUCUGGUCCGCUUUACCUCGCGGCUGUCUAUGGGCACCUGGAAUGCUUUAGGUUGCUGCUGCUCUAUGGUGCCGAUCCCAACUACAACUGCACUGAUGAGAGGAUGAUCGCGCGCAUCAAGGAGCCCAAGACUCUGUUGGAGAUCUGCCUGAGGCACAGCUGCCGGCGUGAGUUCAUCAAGCUGCUUCUUGACUUUGGAGCCAAUGUGUAUUUGCCAAACAUCAAGAAGAUAGCACCUGGUAGUGAGGGCCUGGAGCUGCUGUUGCAGGCAAGAGCUCAUCCCAAAUCCCUGAUGUCUCAGUCUAGGCUGGUGGUGAGACGCAUCCUGCAGCAGGCUGGCCGUGCACACGCCCUCAGAGAGCUGGACAUUCCACCAGUGCUGGUGAGCUACCUCCAACAUCAGCCUUAGCAGAGACCAUGGAAGACACCUGCCCCAGAAACAUGCCCAGUGCCUGAAUUAAAGGCUCCUCUGACGCUGCUGUUGCACAGCACAAAACAGAUGUGAAUUUGUGGUUAAAAAGUUUUGGUUUUUUUUUCUUUUGCUUGCAAAGUGUCUCUGAAACCUGUAUGGAAAGAUAGUGAGAGAAGGAGGAGAGAAAACCAGGAGCCUUCAGCUCCUGCUGUGCACCGAGCAUAUCAGAGUGAUGGCAGAGAUGGAUCUGAGAGAAGCUGCAGGUUGUUCCUCAGCUGUGUGUAAGAUCUGUUUCCCAGAGAGGUACUUUUAAAGGUACUUCCUUGGUUGUGCAGCCUGGUGAGAGCAGCAGGAGACUGCUUCAGCCACAUUCAAGUGCCCUAACACUACCUAGAUGUGGCUGUCACUUCCCCUGCACCCCUGUGCCAAGCCCUGACACCGGGUAAACGCAAAGGCUGUUCCCAGUGGCCAUGCUUGCAGAUGACUUGGGCAGAAGUUGCACUUCAUGUUCCCAGACAAAAAUCCCUGAAGGCCGAAAUCCCACUUCUCUGCUCAAGGAGUAUCAUUAAGUGCCAUUUUACUCUUACUGAAAGUGAUUCACUUUACCGCUGAGGGCUGAAGCAUCUCUCUUGCCUGAGUGCGUAUGAUAGUGCAGGAUUUUAAAAUUAAAAAUGUAUGCUAAUAUUUUUAUUAAA